AUGCCUCCAGCAAAGAAGAGAAAGACUGCCAAGACCGCAAAGGGCGGCAAAAAGGGCCAGGUAACGACCUCGACAGUGGAGGAAUCAUCACCACCGCCUGCCGACACGCAACAGCCAACACCGCCAUCACCACCACAACAACCACCACAAUCAACAACAGACGAGACGCCAACUGCACCAGAGCCCUCAGAAAAGGUGCCUACCCCCGCACCAGCAGACGAGCCACCAAGCACAGAAGAUGCGCCAGAACCACCCUCCGCGACUGCUUCGGCCAACACCGCCUCGAUACAAGACCGCAUGGCCCGCUUCCGCGCCCUCCAGACCCGCGCAAAGUCCUCCUCGGCAUCCAACCUCUCAGCCGCACAGAGCGAGGCGCACCGCCUGGCCAACGACCCGGCGCAGCUGGCCGCGAUCCAGCGCAAGUCGGCGGUGGCGACCAACAAGCUGCUGAAGGCGGACAUCGAGGACUCGGGCGGCGACUUCGAGCGCAAGCGGGCGUGGGACUGGACGGUGGACGAGUCGGAGAAGUGGGACAAGCGCGUGGCCAAGAAGGAGCGGCACCGCGACGACAACGCCUUCUCCGACUACGGGCGCGAGGCCAACAAGAUCUACAAGCGGCAGCUGCACAACCUGGGCGACCCGGACCUGGAGCGCUACACGCGCGACAAGAUGCGCGCCAUCGACGAGGCCGCCGCCCGCGGCACCCUGGAGCUGGUCGAGACCGAGGACGGCGAGAUGGUCGCCGUCGACAAGGACGGCACCUUCUACGGCGGCAGUGGCGGCGACGCCAUCUCCGGCUUCGCCGACAGCAAGCCCGACAAGAAGGCCGUCGAUCGCCUCGUCGGCGAGCUCAAGAAGGCCGAGGAGGUCGCCAACAAGAAGCGGCGGGAGCGCCAGGCCCGCAAUGGUGACGAUGCGGACGUCACGUACAUCAACGACAAGAACAAGCAGUUCAACCAGAAGCUGGCGCGGUUCUACAACAAAUAUACGGCCGAGAUUAGGGACAGCUUCGAGCGGGGCACGAUGAUCUGA